GGGAGGGAGGGAGGGGCCGAUGGGGAAAGGCCGGGCACCGUGCUGCGCCAAGGUGGGGCUCAACAGGGGCUCCUGGACGCCGGAGGAGGACAUGCGCCUCAUCGCCUACAUUCAGAAGUUCGGCCACGCCAACUGGCGCGCCCUGCCCAAGCAAGCAGGUUUGCUCCGGUGCGGCAAGAGCUGCCGCCUCCGGUGGAUCAACUACCUCCGGCCCGACCUCAAGCGCGGCAACUUCACCGUCGAGGAGGAGGAGACCCUCAUCAAGCUGCACAACAUGCUCGGCAACAAGUGGUCCAAGAUCGCGGCGUGCCUGCCGGGGAGGACCGACAACGAGAUCAAGAACGUCUGGAACACGCACCUCAAGAAGCGGGUGGCGGCCAGCGCCGGGGAGCAGAAGAAGGGCGGGGCCAAGGGCAAGAAGAAAACCACCUGCGCCGACGUGCCGGCGCCGUCUCCGUUUCCAUCCUCUUCCACAACCACCACGACCACCACCACGACCAACUGCUCCAGCGGCGAGUCCGGCGAGCAGAGCAACACCAGCAAGGAACUAGAACUAGAAUUGGAGCUGGAGAAGAUCGAGAUCCCCAUGCUGGACCUCGGCUUCGACCUCGACAUGCUGCUGGACACGCACUGCCCGGCCAUCUCUUCGGCGCCGACCUCGCGCUGCUCGUCCGCGUCCCCGCCGUGCGUGGUGGACGACGGCGCGCUGCUCGACCUGCCGGAGAUCGACAUCGUGCCGGAGCUGUGGAGCAUCAUGGACGGCGAAGGCGGCGCCGGCGCCUGCGCCGAAACGGCGCAGGUCCCGUGGAGCAAUGCGGCGCCGUGCGACGGCAAGGGACCAGAGGCGAGCGCCGCAACGGCCGACGACGAGGACGGAAAGGAGUGGUGGUUGGAAGAUUUGGAAAAGGAGCUGGGCCUGUGGGGGCCCAUCGACGACUACCAGUACCAACAACCGGACCCGCAAGGCCUGUCGGGUCGCGCGGACCCGCUCUCCGCCAGCGUGGACGACCCCGUGUCGUCCUACUUCCAAGCCGGCCCCGCCAGCGCCACGUCAACCAUCCAUGGGCCCGAAGCCUCUGCAGUUCUCACAGACAUCCCCAUGGGUCUAUGAGAUCACUCGGUAUAUAUAAACCGUCCGAUCUCUUAGUAUAGAAACAAGCACCGCGAUCGGACGGCCACGACUGAUGUAGGUAGGUUACCUAACACGGGAUCCGGACAAGCUACGGCCGGGUCGUAUUGGGCGAGUAAAGUUUUAUUUGUAGUGUAGGAUAAAAAAGGUGACUCUUGGACUCGAAGUGCUCUGGGAAGAAACUAGAGUACCACCACUGCCUACUUGUCUAUCUAUAUGAUAAAACCUAUGUAAGCUGCUUCGUUGUCGAUGGACCAUGGCUCCAAAUCUCACGUGGUGGAGAUGAAUGGUACGCCUCGUUGAA